AUGGUAAUGAAGAAAACUGCUACAGCGGUUGCUCACUGCAAGCGUGGACAUGGCUUGAUCAAGGUCAAUGGCCGGCCCCUGGAGCACAUUGAACCCAGGACUCUACAGUUCAAGCUGAUGGAGCCUGUCCUUCUCCUUGGAAAGGAGAGGUUUGCCAAUGUGUCAAUUCGUGUACGUGUGAAGGGUGGUGGCCACACAUCUCAGGUUUAUGCCAUCCGUCAAGCUAUUUCAAAGUCUCUAGUGGCCUACUAUCAGAAAUUUGUGGGCGAAGCCUCCAAGAAAGAGAUAAAAAACAUCUUGAAAACACACCGCUCCCUGUUGGUUGCUAUCCCAACGCACUACGACCCUUUUGAGUUUAGCACAAUUUGA